CUCUCCCAGCUCCGAAGGGCGGCCCCUCCCUCCAUCCGUGGGGUGGGGCGGGCUUCAGCACCAGCAGGAGGGACAGCGCCCAGCCUUUCUACCCUCCCUGAGCCGCUUAUGCACCAAGAAGGUCAAGGCCCACUGUGAACCGGCUGGAAAGGUGGGGAGGGGCCGCGCCCUGUACCCUGUUUGCUGACCUUCGUGCGCUUUCUGCCUCGCAGCCGUCGUCGUCGGGAUGGAGGUGAGAAGACGGCCGUGACGCGCGCCUGCGUGGUCUCCUGCACCCGCAACAGCCCAUAGUGCUCCCUGCCCCCCUCCCCCGCAGCGGCCGGCCUUGCGGUCCAGUGACAGCGGCCUCGGGGGGCAGGGGGGGCGGGGGCGGCCGGACCAGCGAUGCCGGCGGGCAUGACGAAGCAUGGCUCCCGCUCCACCAGUUCGCUGCCGCCGGAGCCCAUGGAAAUCGUGCGCAGCAAGGCGUGCUCGCGGCGAGUUCGCCUCAACGUCGGGGGCCUGGCGCACGAGGUGCUCUGGCGCACCCUGGACCGCCUGCCCCGCACGCGGCUGGGCAAGCUCCGCGACUGCAACACCCACGACUCGCUGCUCGAAGUGUGCGACGACUACAGCCUCGAGGACAACGAAUACUUCUUCGACCGCCACCCGGGCGCCUUCACCUCCAUCCUCAACUUUUACCGCACGGGGCGGCUGCACAUGAUGGAGGAGAUGUGUGCGCUCAGCUUCAGCCAAGAGCUUGACUACUGGGGCAUCGAUGAAAUCUACCUGGAGUCCUGCUGCCAGGCUCGCUACCACCAGAAGAAGGAGCAGAUGAACGAGGAGCUCAAACGGGAGGCCGAGACCUUACGAGAGCGGGAGGGCGAGGAAUUCGAUAACACGUGCUGUGCGGAGAAGAGGAAAAAGCUCUGGGACCUGCUGGAGAAGCCCAACUCCUCGGUGGCUGCCAAGAUCCUUGCCAUAAUCUCCAUAAUGUUCAUCGUCCUCUCCACCAUUGCCCUGUCACUCAACACGCUGCCAGAGCUGCAGGGCGUUGAUGAGUUUGGCCAGUCCACAGACAACCCCCAGCUGGCCCACGUGGAGGCUGUGUGCAUUGCGUGGUUCACCAUGGAGUACCUGCUGCGGUUCCUCUCCUCACCCAAGAAGUGGAAAUUCUUCAAGGGUCCACUCAACGCCAUUGACUUGUUGGCCAUCCUACCAUAUUAUGUUACCAUCUUCCUCACUGAAUCCAACAAGAGUGUGCUUCAGUUCCAGAAUGUUCGCCGCGUGGUCCAGAUCUUCCGCAUCAUGCGUAUUCUCCGCAUCCUUAAGCUCGCACGCCACUCCACUGGCCUCCAGUCCUUGGGCUUCACCCUGCGGCGGAGCUACAAUGAGCUGGGCUUGCUCAUUCUCUUCCUCGCCAUGGGCAUCAUGAUCUUCUCCAGCCUUGUCUUCUUUGCAGAGAAAGAUGAGGAGGACACCAAGUUCAAAAGCAUCCCAGCCUCUUUCUGGUGGGCUACUAUUACCAUGACUACUGUUGGAUAUGGAGACAUCUACCCCAAGACUCUCCUGGGGAAAAUUGUUGGUGGGCUCUGCUGCAUCGCAGGGGUUCUGGUGAUUGCUCUUCCCAUCCCCAUCAUUGUCAACAACUUCUCUGAGUUCUACAAGGAGCAGAAGAGGCAGGAGAAAGCAAUCAAACGCAGAGAGGCUCUGGAGAGAGCCAAGAGGAAUGGCAGCAUUGUGUCCAUGAACAUGAAAGACGCUUUUGCCCGGAGCAUCGAGAUAAUGGACAUCGUGGUUGAGAAAAAUGGAGAGAAUAAGGACAAAGUACAAGAUAACCACUUGUCCCCCAACAAAUGGAAAUGGCCAAAGAGGACAUUAUCUGAAACUAGUUCAAGUAAGUCCUUUGAAACCAAGGAGCAAGGAUCCCCUGAGAAGGCCAGAUCAUCUUCUAGUCCUCAACACCUGAAUGUCCAGCAGUUGGAAGACAUGUAUAAUAAGAUGGCCAAGACCCAAUCCCAGCCCAUCCUCAAUACCAAGCAGUCAGCAACACACAGCAAACCAAAGGAAGAACUUGAAAUGGAGAGUAUCCCCAGCCCCAUAGCUCCUCUGCCCACUCGUACAGAAGGGGUGAUAGACAUGAGAAGCAUGUCGAGCAUUGAUAGCUUCAUUAGCUGUGCCACAGACUUCCCUGAAGCCACCAGAUUCUCCCACAGCCCUUUGAUGUCACUCCCCAGCAAGACUGGGGGCAGCUUGGCCCCAGAGAUAGGCUGGCAGGGAGCUCUGGGUGCCAGUGGUGGUAGGUUUGUGGAGGCCAACCCCACCCCUGCUGCCAGUCAUCACUCUACUUUCCUCAUUGAGAGCCCCAAGGCUACCAUGAAGACCAACAACCCCUUGAAGCUCCGAGCACUUAAAGUGAACUUCGUGGAGGGCGAACCCAGUCCAUUAGUCCCUGUUCUGGGGAUGUACCAUGACCCUCUCAGGAACCGGGGGGCUGCUGCAGCUGCUGUCGCUGGACUGGAGUGUGCCACACUCUUGGACAGGCCUGUGCUGAGUCCAGAGUCCUCCAUCUACACCACAGCAAGUGCUAGGACACCUUCCCGGUCGCCCGAGAAACACACAGCAAUAGCAUUCAACUUCGAAGCAGGUAUCCACCAGUACAUUGAUGCAGACACAGAUGAUGAGGGACAGGUGCUGUACAGUGUGGACUCUAGCCCUCCCAAGAGCCUUCAUGGGAGUACCAGUCCCAAGUUCAGUGUUGGGACAAGAUCAGAGAAAAACCACUUUGAAAGUUCCCCCUUACCCACCUCUCCUAAGUUCUUAAGGCAGAACUGUAUUUACUCUACAGAAGCAUUGACUGGAAAAGCCCCCAGUGGUCAAGAAAAGUACAAACUUGAGAACCAUAUCUCCCCCGAUGUUCGGGUGUUGCCUGGGGGAGGAGCCCAUGGAAGCACACGGGAUCAGAGUAUCUGAACUACCCCACAUGAGGGAGAGACUUGUGGUGAGGUCCAAAGAGGAGUGCUGCUCAGCUUACCUGCCACAUAGCUUUUCUGCAUGAACUCUGAAGCAGAAAGGCUCUGCAAAGUCCCCAGAAAGACGAGAGACUCCAGAGAAAGCUCCCUAACACCUUGAGAGUCACAGCAGGUCUAUUGGAAUGAAGUUGGCCAAGCCAUAGAAUAUGGCACCUCCUUGUAACAACUCCACUGCCCUCUUUGGGAGAUGGCAUGAGCAGAACUCACAGCCACCACUACCACAUUCUAGACAUAACCAAGGCCACCUACUCCCCAUUCUUCUCUCAUGGCUAUCCAUCAGCCUUUGAAAGCAACAUCUCUGAUCCCUCCUGGCCUUGGCUGGAGAAGGAUGCUGGAACACGUGGCUGAUAUUGAAAAAGUGAGUUGACUAAUUUGGUAUUGGGUGUUGCCUGGCCACCUCUAGGAACCCCUGUCCAUCACCUCCUGGAUGGAUCCCACUGUUAGAGGCUACAGAGAAUGCUUGUGUCAUGGAGAAAUCUCUGCACCAUAAGCCACAAUCCCAGCGCAAAACCCAUACUCAAAUGUCUUCAUUGACUUCAGUAUUUUGUAGUACUUGAGAUUUUAUUUUGAGCUAUCAUCAGGGUGAGUUGUACUACUUGUACUCCAUUCUAAUUGCCCCCUGGCAAUCUGGGAAGGGCUCAGAGGCAGGCACUCAGCCAACAGUACGAACUCUGAGCAUUGCUUUAGGAUCGUAGAGGGAAAGCAUUUUCUGUACAUCACUAGUGUAGGCUCAAAAGAUAUGCAAGUGUCAAAUAUGCAAAAGAAAUAGCUUAUCCAAGAGACUGUAUGUUACUGGAGAACAGAAUAAAAUCUGAUUUUUUUUAACCUGCAACAAUGAAAGGGGGAAAAAAAGUCCCCAAUUGAAAUGCCCUGUUCAGACUUUUGAAUACUUCCUGCUGCGGCAGGGAAAGCAUCUACUAUAAUAGAAAUUCUUUUUUUGUUUCCUGUGGUAUUCAAGUUUUUUUAAAAGUUUAAAUAAAAAGCACUUUAUGUUUUUCAAAAAUAGAUUCUACCAGGGACAGCAUCACCAUCUUGCACUUUAAAAGAAGCACCAUUUCCCGUGGGCCACGUUUUGGGAUUCUAGUUGGGUUGUUGCUAUAUGCCUGUGUCCCACCACAGUGGGUGAUUUGUGCUGGUAUUGCUGUCUGCCAUGUCAAAGUCUGCAGGCGCCUUCCUGCCCCUCUGAAGCUUCCCCUUAGCCCUAUUGCAAAGAAGGGUACCUGGCCCUUCUAUACCUACGUGUAUAGAAAACAGGAGCAUCUCAGAAGAAGACGGUAGACGGUUGGGCAUUGGGUGUUUUCUUGUCAACCAGCUGUCGGUGUGUUUUCAGUGUCACUGUCUGUAUUAAAAGCUCAGCUCCUUUCCGCAGCCAUCAAUGCAGCCAGUACAGACAAAAGCAAUAAGUUCUAGUGUGUUUCUUGGUGUUGGUGUUCCUGUCGUUUGAUGCUCUGACAUUGGUCUACUUGAUUUCAGUCUGACAGCAUGGUGUUGCUGGCUGUUCCUUGGUUCAGUAACACUGGGUUGAGCCACUGGUUAGCGUGAUGCCAUGCUGUGGGCCCAUCCGUCAGUAAAGAUAACAUGUUAUGGACCUGCCUGUUUUUAAUGCAAUGGACUGAUGUUGUUCUCUUAAUACAGUUCUGAUGGAUGAUGUCCCAAAUACAAUCGUGUAUAUCUGUCAGUCAUCAGUUGUGACAGGCAGACGUCUUCCUGAUGGAAUGAAACAUGGUGUUGUUUAGCUGUCCUUCAUACGAUGUUAUUGAUCUGCCUGUUAUUACAACGGCAUGAUCCACCUGUCAGUACACAGAUAUCACAGAGUCGUUCUGCCUGCUCUCCUCACAGUGGCAUGAGGUUGGGCCACCUGUCACAGAGAUGAUGACAGGGGGUCAUCCUACUGCCCUUAAAAGUGUGUGUUCUUUGCCGAAUACGCGCCUGGUUCACACUGCUUCUCAGCACCUCCAGGGACUGUGGAUCUCUCCAAGAGGGGACAGUCCUGUUCUUUGCUGCGUUAACAAAAAAAAUGCGUGCCGGAGUGUCUUGACUCUUCCAAAGUAUCUUCAGAGUACUCUGGCAGCAAAUGCAAAGGGACUUAAGGGACAAAGAGAGAAUGAGGUCAUCCUGUUCCGGAUGAUAUACCAGAGAGAGGAAGCAGCAGCGCUCCCGGGGGGCUUUGCCGAGAUCUCAGUGUGGGCUGGGGGCCUGUUGAGGAAUGGCCGUGGAGCAGUCCUCCCUGGACCAUCUCACGUGUCUCUUCUUUGUUUUCAUCACCAUCUAUGUCCGCCAUCAGCACAAAUGUGAAAAUUCAGGGAAAACAAACAAAUGCUUUUUGAUAAAAGUAAAUAGUUGUGAUUUCUGAUUCAGAUAUUUUUAGAGCUGAUGCUAUCUGUAAAAAUUAAUAAUAAUAUAGUCUAUUUUACAUAUCAGGAAAGUGAACAUGUUUAAAUAUAGCCAUAUAUAGUGGGAAGGAACUUACCACCCCUUCUUCAAACCAAGGCAUUUCAUUUGUUGGUUAAAGCAGACGAGAAGUGUACAGAUUGGAAAUUCUUUCUUCCUUUUUUUUUAAAAAAAACAACUAAUAACCAAUUGGUGCAACUCUCCUUGUAACCAAAGGCCCUUUCUGCCUUGUGUGGUCACACAGGACCUAGCCCUUCCUUCCUCGUGUAUUUUGUCUGACCUUAAAGUAGCAUUUUACUGAGUCACUUUUGAAGGACGAAUUCAGAAGUAUCAUGAAGAACCUACCUAUUCAGGCUGAACAGCCAGAGUCCUAUAGAGUUCUUAUAGAAACAAAUUAAUUGAAACUCAGCAUAUACUAUGCUUAGAAAGUAUUGUGUUCUGUUUUGUUUUUUUUCUUUUACUUGUGGGUGUAUCAUGGGAAUAUAUAUAUAGCUUUUACCCUGGGUCCGAUUCACAAUAAAGUGCUGUGAGUUUACCCAGGCCCCCACCUGCCAGAAAGGAACAUACUGAGAUGUUUAAUAUGUGGACAUUCUACCUGUACCUGUGUACAUGCACUAGGAAAUCUUCCUAAGAAUCUCCACUAAGAAGCUAACCUUGAUCGACGGGUCUUGAUGGAGGACAGGGAAGCAAUAGUUUUGGAAGCAGGUACCACUUUACCUUGGUGGUCCAAGUCCUACCCAUUCCUGAGCCAAUGAAAGCGGGGAGAAAAAACAAAUCAACCCAAAGAAAUGAAACUAGGGGCUGGAGGCGGAUGGAAGCCUGGUCCUUUUGGUGAACUCGGUGAAACUUCUCCAGAACCCAGCUGAACUUGACUUCCAACUUCCACCAUGAUCAGAAAGGGCUAGGGACCAGGUAGCUGUGCAUCCCAACCAACAGGGGAGAGUCUGCGACCAGGGGAAUGAGGUGGGCAACCUCUUUCUCUCUUAGGGUAAAGAAAAACAACAGGACUUUGGUGCAGUAGAUUUCUCGGUGCCUUCUUUAGGAAUUUUAUCUUAAGCACACUUAAUGGGGAAAGAAAAAAAGAGGAGAGAACAUUUGUUCCCGGGAAGCCCCUUUCUCUAAAGGCACCGGGGAUCAAGAACGAAGAAAGAGAUGGGGCGGGAAGGGGGCGGGCAAUUUCCUGAGGAGGCCAUUUCCUUUCAAUCCACCUGGCUCAUCCCUGAGAAUUGCUGGCAAUAUAGAUGUCUUCAAACUGAUUCCCAACCUCUCUUCCACCGUGUCUUGGUGACCGUAGCCUCACUUCUGCCCUUUCUCCUAAUAAGAUCCACCUUUCUAAGGAGAAAAAACACACAGGACAGGAUUCUCUUAAGGAAAGCUGUAAUGUAUUGUUGAUGUUUGUAACUAUUGUAUAUUUCUGUCUUGCUCCAUGUUACGGCUGGAGUGUCUAAUCCAUGGGCAAGGGGAAAUUCAAAAUUCACCAGGGACCAGGGUCAGGAAAGCCAGGUCUCUAGUUCUCUCCUUUCCUUAUUUCUCUAGCAACUAGUCCCAGGCUUCAGCCUCCAAUCAAGGAACUUUGAAUCAAAUGAGAACAUGGUGAACCGCCUCCAAGAUCCUUUGGGAAAGGACUUGUUCUGUGGCUGCGAAGCUGGCAGGAGGAAGAAGGGGCUCACCGGAGUCCCCAGCAGGACAGCGAAGAGCCUCCAGCCCUGAGCUGAACGUCGCUCGCCUCUCUCGGCCUCUGGGACAGCACCCAAAUGCGUUCACUCAGCCAGCGUGACCCAAAGCAGCCCUGGCUACACCCAGAAAUAAGAGUUACCUCUGCAUUUUCUGUUGCCAUUUUUCUGGCUCUAGAAGUAUCUGAUGUGUAGGGCUACAUCACAGGUUGUCCACGCAUCUCAGAGUAGUCUAUUUUUCUGUUCAGAUAAAUAUAUGUACUUUUAGCGAAUUUAUAAUAGGGCCAUGGAGUCUAAUUUCAUUUGUAAUAUAGAAUAACAUUUUAGCAGGUUUGUGGUUCGUCAUUAUCGUAGCUGACAUUUUCUGGCCUUUUCAUUUACUCCCAUUGUCCCUUGGACUGCUUUUUCUUUUCUUUCAAUUCUGAUUUUCUGGGGGUGGGGAAAGACUUUAGGGGCUGACUUCCUCAUACAGGUAUUUCCUGGCACUAAGCCUAGAGUCUGUUGACACAUUACUGUCUUCAUUCUGUCUGUGUGUUUCUCCUAUUCGUUGUUCUUAAGAAUCCAGGGCACAGAUGCACGAUUGAGAGCAGAUGACCCUCAAAAUCAGGACGGGAUGUGGGCUGGUUUAGUUGAUUCCUACACACCUUUGGGGAUCUGAGGGGACUGAGUUUUCUCAUCCGCAAAGAUUUCAGAACCAAAAAUCUCAUGUAAGCAGACUUGCCACUGGCAUUUCUGAGAUCCAGAACACACCCAAGCCCCUCCUGGCUGGUCUGUUGCCAUGUCCAGUGCCCUGCUCCCUGUAACAUCAAUUGGAUCCAAAGGACAGAGCAUUUUCUGGUUCUUGAGAACCUCGGAGAACAUGCUAGGCUUUAGAUCUCAUCAACUUUUUAUCAGUUCUUCUUCUCAAUCCAUUGCCAGCAGCCUCAACAAAAAAACGGUGGCCAGACAGGCUUGCAGCCAAACCCCGAAAAGACAUGUCCCCAGAAUCUGCCAUCUCAUCUCCCCUUCCCUUUCCAGCUGCUGGCUUCAUAGAGCCAGAGAUUGAUGGCAAAGGCAGCUUCCACUCAACUAGGCCUCAGGGAGUUUUGGACUGUCCUGAUAAUUAAUUCCACCGGGUGGCUUCCAGCAUUGGGUUGGCAGAAGAUAGCUCACGAAGCAGGAUCUUCAGCAAAAAGUGAUUUUUUUCCAUCUAUCAACUCAUGCAGGAAGAUGAAGAAAGCUCAGAUAAUCUCCAAUUUGCAAUCAUUUAGAUUUUCAUAUCCCCACUCCCCGCCCCCCCCCACCACCACCACCAACACCACCUCAUGUCAGCUUCAGGGCUCUCACCUCUGCCCAAAUAGAAAUCUGAGCCAAAUCAGGACCCCCAGAUGGCAGCGAAUGAUCCCCUUUGGAACAACCCCAAGAGGAAACUAAUCCAAGUAUGACUAUAUUCUUUUGGACCAAGACCCUAAUCACAGUUUUCCCCCCACCCCCACCACCACCCCUCAAAUUCCUGGUAACCUGGUUUGAACCAAAACCAAACAAAACAGAGAUUUAUUAAAACUUCUGCACAAGAA